AUUAAAAAGUCAGCGCCGUCCUUUCUGUCUCCAAUUCUUCGCCCUCUUUUUUUACCAAAUACCUAAAAUUUUUGCUUUGGUUUUUUUUUUUUUUAAUUUUUUUUUCAUUUCGAUUUGUGUAUAAAUUUCAUCCAUGGCUGCCGGAAACGACGAUUGGGAUCUUUCCGCCGUCGUCCGGAGUUGCAAUUCAGCAGCUUCCGCUACAGACCCAACUUCCGCCGCCGCGGAAUCCGCCUUGUCUUGUCUCGCUUCUUUAACAUUCGACGACGAUCCAGACGACGUUGCAUUCUCCUUUUCCGACAUCUUUCAACCCAAACAACCAAACGGCGGCUUCCAUGAAUUACACCAAGCCUUCGUCUCUUUUCUCCCUAACCCCUCCGCCACCGACACCACCACCACCACCACCACCACCGUCACCGCCGUACCCGUCUCCGAGCCCGAGAUCCCUUACCCAACCCCCCCGAAUCGCCAUUUCCGUCAGGGAAUCAAACCCAUUCGCCCAAACCCACCUCCUGUGGCGCUGCAGCAGCACCCCCACCACCGGCAACCGCCGUUUUCGCCGGACCUCCCUAAUUCGCCAAUGACGCAAUCUCUCAUACCUAAAUCGAGAAAAAGGCAAAACCAACAAAAGAGAAGGGUAUGCCAUGUUACGGCAGAUAACCUCUCAACGGACAUGUGGGCUUGGCGUAAAUAUGGGCAAAAGCCCAUUAAAGGAUCUCCGUAUCCAAGGAACUAUUACCGUUGCAGCAGCUCAAAAGGGUGUGGAGCAAGAAAGCAAGUUGAACGCAGCAACGUCGAUCCCGAAACUUUCAUCAUCACAUACACCGGCGACCACUCUCAUCCCCGUCCAACUCACCGUAAUUCCCUCGCCGGAAGUUCCCGCAACAGGUCCUCCUCCUCCUCCUCCCGACACCCCACCCCGGGAGAUUUCGAUCCCUCGAUGACCGCCUCCGCUCUCGUACCCUCUUCCUCUUCCCCUGCAGCUUCUCCCAUCACACCGCUGAACGAUUACGAGGGUCCAACCGGAGAGAAAGAUGGAGAGAUGUUUGAAGACAUGCCGAUUGAUAGUGACGAGGAAGAGGACGAUGAGGAUAUUCUGAUUCCGAACUUGACGGUGAGAGAUGAAAUCUUUGUUGGGUUUGAGGAGGUUGGGAGGGGGAGGGGGAGGUCAUCGUAACCCGAUGGCGACCGCGACAGCGUCAAGGGUGUUGGAAGUGUAAUAAUACUUUUCUUCUUUGUUAGCGUUUUAGACAUGUAAUUAGUUUAAGUUCGGUCUUUUAUAAAUUUACAAGUGUUAAUUAA